AUGCCCCUAACACUCCUCUCCUUCCACCACUUCUACUCCCCCAUCAAGCUCUCCACCCUACACACACUAGCCCACACGCACCCCACCCUCUACAGCGGCCUCUACCUGCAAGGCCGUCCAGGCGCACUCCUCAUCUCCUCGCCCUCCGUCGCAGCGCUGCAGGCCUACGUCAAGGCCGUAAAACGCAUGCGCUGGCAGCGCGUGCACAACCUCGGCACGAGCGAGCGCGAAGACCAUCUGCUGCGGCUGCCGGCGGGGGCGCUGGUCAGCGUGGAGGAGAUGCGCGGGCUGGUGAGGGCCGCGGGGGAGUAUGGGGGUGCGGGGGUGGAGGAGUGGGUGAGGGGUGCGGUGAGGAGGGGGUUUGGGGGUGGGCCGAGGUGA